AUGAGUUUGUCAGAUUUGAAGAACAGCAUCUUGGAGAAGCUUGGCGUGUUGGGUAGCAAGUGGGUGAAGAAACUAUUCUACAAGAUUCCCAUGGCGGUUGUCUCGACCGGUGUUCAGUAUGAAACCUUUGCGGUUAAGGCUGAUGAAGAUAUUAGGGUUCUGUUCUACUUUGUAAGGAGUUUUCCGGAGAUCAGAAUCCAUGAGUUGUUCGCGAAGUUGGAGGUUGGUGUCGAUAGUUCUGGGGCAUCCGCUCCAGUUCCUUGCCCAACUGCCGCGGGUGGUGCAUCUAGUUCGAUGCCUGCGGUCAGACCCUAUUUUUCGCCGGUUCAAUCACCUUCGUUUGCAGCUGAUUUAGACCGAACAGAGGUUGUUGGUUCUGUACCUUUGGAGAAUGCAGCAGUCAUUGAGCCUCCCAAUGUUGUGGGCACCGGUGGUGGCCUCGUACCUUAUAUCGAAGACUUUGGUGGACCUGAUCAAGUAGAGAAUGCAAUGCGUGACGAUGAGUCUGACCAGGAGCCUGUUGAUAUCGAUGGUGACAGCGACGAUGACACAGGUGGCGAUCCACAUGCGCAGCAUCGGCCUUCAAGUUCUGGUUCUCAUCCGUACCCUCCACACUUCUCCACACUAAACUUGGAAGCUCUUGAAUUUCAGAUUGGGCAAUCAUUCCAGAGUAAAGAUAAAGCUGUGCUGAGUGUAAAGGACUAUAGCAUCCGGCGAGAUGUUGAGUACAGAGUCAUCGAAUCGGAUCAUUUGAAGUAUCAUGGAAAAUGCAAGGAAUUCGGCAAGGGUUGUAGUUGGUUGAUUCGUGUAGCGCUUCGUGCACGAAAGGGGAGUUGGGAGGUUAGGAGGUACAACGGGCCACACACAUGCCUCGCAACUUUUAUUUCAAGUGAUCACCGUCAGCUGGAUUACCACGUUAUAUGUGCGAGGAUUCUUCCUAUGGUUAGGGCCGAUGCUGCGGUUACGGUAAAGGUACUUCAACAAGCGACAAAAGCUGAUUACGGUUUCAGGCCUAGUUACAGGAAGGUUUGGAUGGCUAAGCAGAAGGCAGUGGCACAAAUAUACGGAGAUUGGGAGGAGUCUUACGCGGAGUUGCCACGUUGGAUGCUAGGGAUCCAGGAGACAAUGCCGGGAACAAUCACGGUGCUGAAGACGUCUCCUGUUCGGAUUGGUGGUGGGGUUGAUGAGUCCACGGUGUACUUUCACCGGCUUUUCUGGACAUUUCUACCCUGUAUCGAGGCAUUCCAGCAUUGCAAGCCCCUCGUCAAUAUUGAUGGUACCCACUUGUAUGGGAAGUAUGGAGGGACACUGUUGUUGGCGAUAGCUCAGGACGGGAACUCGAACAUCCUCCCGAUAGCAUUUGCCCUUGUGGAGGGCGAAAAUGCAGAGUCGUGGUCAUUCUUCUUGUCCAAUCUCCGAGAGCAUGUGACUCCUCAGGAGGGUAUCCUUGUAAAGACACCUAUACAACCAGGCCAGUGCAGCGGAGCCCCAGCUAUAUCUGCCUAA